UAUAUAUAUCUCUUAAGGAGUGAGUGAGUUGUGGUUAUCUCUUUUUAAGCUAUAGAGUGUGGUUUUUAACCUCACCAGUAUUAUCAUAGCCGACCCUUCAACAUCAGCAAAAUAUAGUACCUCUCAUUCGGUCAUUUCAACAUCAACAAACAAACAAACAAAAAAUUGUACCAUCAUGGAGGAGAAGAGAGUAGCCAUUAUUGGAGCUGGAAUUAGUGGCCUUUUAGCAUGCAAAUACACACUAGAAAAAGGUUUAAUUCCAAUAGUUUUUGAAGCUUCAAAUGUCAUUGGUGGAGUUUGGAAUCAAACAAUUGAAUCAACAAGGCUACAAAGUCCAAAAAGGACAUUUGAAUUCACUGAUUUUCCUUGGCCUAGUAGUGUUAGAGGGAGAUACCCUCAUAACACUGAUGUUUUGAAGUAUGUUGAUGCAUAUGCACAACAUUUUGGGUUGAUGCCGUAUAUUCAAUUGAAUACUAAAGUUAUUGGGAUUAAUUAUGUUGGAGUUUCUGAUGAAGAAAUGGAUUCUUGGGAUUUUUGGAGUGGAAAUGGGAAACCAUUUGGCUCGGAGGGAAAAUGGCAAAUUUUAGUGCAACAUGCUGACUUCACCACUCAGGAAUAUGAAGUAGAGUUUUUGAUUCUAUGCGUCGGAAGGUAUAGUGGUUUAGCAAAUAUGCCUGAUUUCCCUCUCGGUGAAGGGCCGGACGUUUUCGCCGGGAAAGUUAUACAUUCCAUGGAAUACUCAGCCAUGGACAAUGAAAGUGCUAGAGAACUGAUUAAAGGGAAGAGAGUUGCAAUUAUUGGUUCUCAAAAAUCAGCUAUUGAUAUUGCAGCUGAAUGUGCAAAUGCUAAUGGUCCUGAAGUCCCAUGUACAUUGGUUCAAAGGUCAGUAGCAUGGGCCAUUCCUAGUGGAUGCUUUUGGUGGGGUAUAAAUCUUGGAUUUCUAUAUGGUAGUCGCUUUUCAGAGCUCUUGGUUCACAAGCCUGGUCAAAACAUCAUAUACAGUGCUGUGGCCUCCCUACUUUCUCCUGUGAGAUGGGGUUUCUCAAAAUUUGUGGAGAGCUAUCUUAGAUGGAACCUUCCAUUGAAGAAGUACAACGUGGUACCAAAACAUAGCUUUCUUCAAGACCUGUCUUCUUGCAAGGCUUUUUUAUUGCCUGAUAAUUUCUAUGGCAAAGUUGAAGAAGGAAGCAUUGUUCUCAAGAGAACACAGUGUUUCUCAUUUUGCAAACAAGGAUUGAUUAUUGAUGAUGAAGUUGAUAAGCCCAUAAAAGCUGACCUUGUUAUCUUUGCUACUGGAUAUAAAGGUCAAGAAAAGUUGAAGAACAUGUUUGCCUCAAAAAGUUUUCAGAAGUACAUUAUGGGAUCACCAAACUCAAUAGUUCCUCUUUACAGGCACAUAAUACAUCCAAGAAUACCAAACCUAGCAAUAAUCGGAUACUCAGGGAGCAUAACAAAUCUCCACACAUCUGAAAUGAGGUGCCAAUGGCUAGCACAUUUUCUUGACGAAACUUUCAAGUUGCCAAGCAUAGAAGAGAUGGAAAAAGAGAUUCAAAAGUGGGAAAAUUACAUGAAAACAUAUGCUGGAAAAGACUACAAAAGAGCUUGUAUUGCAGGUCUACACAUAUGGUACAAUGAUCAAUUGUGCAAGGACAUUGGAUGCAACAAUAGGAGAAAAAAGAGCUUCUAUGAUGAGUGGUUUAAACCAUACAUGCAAGCAGAUUAUGUUAGGCUAAGUCCUAACAAUUAGUCCUAUUAAGUAAUAUUUCGUAUAUUUUGGUGCGUUUUCUUCGAAUAAGACAUUAAUUUCUGAUGUUUGGUAAUUCUGAAAAUAUGUUUCAUCAGAAGGGGAUCCUCAAUUGUGGGCCGAAGUAAUAACUAUAUAUCUAAACAUGUUUUUUUAUCAGAACGGAAAAAUGACUUUCCUCACUUGUCCGCCCGAGUUACAGCGUACUAUCUUGAUUUUUAGUGUUAUAUUACUUGUUUCAACAUAUUCCUGACAACUCAAUUAAUCUUAAGCAAGCCAGCUCAAUUUGGAUGAGAAAUUAAAGCAUGUUCGAUGGUAGGUGAAUUACAAUUGGAUUGUCACAAGAUGAAUUAAUUAAUUAAUAUAUACAUUACAUGCCUAGAAAUGAGUUAGAAAUGUCAUUCGGCAAGAAGAAGAAAUAUUAAUUAGAGAUGAAAAGAGUAUUUUUUUUUCCUUUUCUUUUUCUUUUCGAUCGUAUCUUAAAUCUCCAGUAGUGGAAUGAUCCCUCCGUUUCAAAUUAUUUGUCGCUUUUUUGCUUUACAUGCUCUUAAGAAAU